GGAAGGUUUCCGGCGCUUUAGCGCAGACGUGUCCGGCCGCGGCCCCGCGGAGCCUGGCGCUGUCCCGGCCCGUCCUUCUGCAGCUGCCGCCUCAGCCCGGGCUGGUGGCGCCAUGUCCGGGACCAGCAGCCCCGAGGCCGUGAAGAAGCUGCUGGAAAACACGCAGGGAGACCUGCGGGGCCUGAGCCUGGAGUGCCGCAAGAAAUUCCCCCCCGUCAAGGAGGCUGCUGAAUCAGGAAUAAUAAAAGUUAAAACAAUAGCUGCAAGAAACACCGAUAUUUUGGCAGCAUUGAAAGAGAACAGCUCAGAAGUAGUUCAGCCAUUUCUAAUGGGCUGUGGAACAAAGGAACCAAAGAUUACUCAACUGUGUCUAGCAGCCAUACAGAGACUUAUGUCACAUGAAGUUGUUUCAGAGGCUGCAGCUGGAAAUAUUAUUAACAUGCUUUGGCAACUGAUGGAAAAUAGUCUUGAAGAACUCAAAUUACUUCAGACAGUUCUUGUUCUUUUAACAACCAAUACAGUUGUCCAUGAUGAAGCACUCUCCAAGGCAAUUGUUCUUUGCUUUCGACUUCACUUCACGAAAGAUAAUAUCACAAAUAACACUGCUGCAGCUACAGUACGACAAGUAGUUACUGUUGUUUUUGAGAGAGUGGUUUUUGAAGACGAACGAUACAAAGAUGUUGCUGAACAACCAGUACAAGCUCCAGGAAACAGUAACAGAAGAUCUGUCAGUACUCUGAAACCAUGCGCUAAAGAUGCAUAUAUGCUUUUUCAGGAUCUUUGCCAGUUGGUUAAUGCUGAUGCUCCUUACUGGCUGGUGGGUAUGACAGAAAUGACCCGGACAUUUGGUCUUGAACUUCUUGAGUCAGUCCUCAAUGAUUUUCCUCAAGUGUUUUUACAACAUCAAGAAUUUAGUUUCCUCCUUAAAGAGAGGGUUUGCCCUCUUGUGAUAAAGCUAUUCUCCCCAAAUAUCAAGUUCAGACAAGGUUCCAGCACAUCAUCUUCACCUGCGCCAGUGGAAAAACCAUAUUUUCCUAUCUGCAUGCGUCUGCUGAGAGUUGUCUCUGUUUUGAUCAAGCAGUUUUACAGUUUGCUGGUAACAGAAUGUGAGAUCUUUCUGUCACUACUAGUAAAGUUUCUGGAUGCAGACAAACCACAAUGGCUAAGAGCUGUUGCAGUGGAAUCUAUCCACAGGCUUUGUGUGCAGCCCCAGCUAUUAAGGUCCUUUUGUCAAUCCUAUGAUAUGAAACAGCAUUCUACCAAGGUUUUCCGUGACAUUGUAAAUGCACUCGGAUCAUUCAUCCAGUCACUUUUUCUUGUACCAAGCACAGGAAACACAUCAGCAACAGUAAACCAAACUGGAAGCAAUACAUCUGGUGGUACAGCCUCAUCACAAACCAACCCAGGAAUGCUGGGAAUGAGUGGAGGUGUGACUGUAUUACCUGCAUUUGAAUAUCGAGGCACCUGGAUACCUAUACUCACUGUAACAAUACAAGGCAGUGCUAAAGCUACCUACCUGGAAAUGCUGGAUAAAGUAGAGCCACCUACAAUUCCUGAAGGUUAUGCGAUGUCUGUGGCAUUCCACUGUUUACUGGAUCUUGUCCGUGGUAUCACUACCAUGAUUGAAGGAGAGUUGGGACAGGCUGAAACAGACAAUCAGACCAUGACUGAAGCAACUUCAUCACCAAUACAGCCUUUGGAGCAGCAAGAUUUGCAGUCAGUAUCUGACCAAGCUGACAAGGAGCUAGUUAACAGAGCUGUUUGGGAAGAAAUGGUGAAUGCGUGCUGGUGUGGUCUUCUUGCUGCGCUGUCACUGCUUCUUGAUGCCAGCACGGAUGAAGCUGCCACAGAAAAUAUCUUAAAAGCAGAAUUCACCAUGGCUGCACUUUGUGGAAAACUGGGUCUUGUAACUUCAAGAGAUGCCUUUAUCACUGCCAUUUGCAAAGGCUCCUUGCCUCCUCAUUAUUCCCUCACUGUACUGAAUAGCACAACUACAACUCUCUCCAGCAAAUCUUAUUCGAUUCAGGGGCAGAACGUUCAGAUGAUCAGUCCAUCAAGUGAAUCUCACCAGCAAGUUGUGGCAGUAGGGCAACCGCUAGCUCUCCAGCCACAGGGAACAGUAAUGCUGACUUCAAAAAAUAUCCAGUGUAUGAGGACGUUACUUAACUUGGCCCACUGCAAUGGAGCAGUUCUUGGUACAUCAUGGCAACUUGUCUUGGCUACUCUACAGCAUCUCGUAUGGAUUCUGGGUUUAAAGCCUGGUGUUGGAGGUGCCUUAAAACCCGGGAGAGCUGUAGAAGGACCCAGCACAGUUCUUACUACAGCAGUUAUGACUGAUUUACCAGUUAUAUCCAACAUACUUUCAAGACUAUUUGAAAGCUCACAGUACCUUGAUGACGUGUCUUUACAUCAUUUAAUAAAUGCCCUUUGUUCCUUGUCUCUGGAAGCCAUGGAAAUGGCCUAUGGAAAUAACAAGGAACCAUCUCUUUUUGCUGUUGCUAAACUGUUGGAAACGGGACUGGUUAACAUGCAUAGGAUUGAGAUUCUGUGGAGACCUCUAACUGGUCACCUCCUAGAGGUCUGCCAGCAUCCAAACUCCAGAAUGAGAGAAUGGGGGGCAGAAGCAUUAACCUCUCUCAUUAAAGCCGGGCUUACAUUUAACCAUGACCCUCCAUUAUCACAAAAUCAGAGGCUACAGUUGCUUUUGUUAAAUCCAUUGAAGGAACUGUCAAACAUAAUUCAUCCUGAUAUCAGGCUCAAACAAUUGGAGUGUGUAUUACAGAUUUUGCAGAGUCAAGGUGACAGUCUAGGGCCUGGCUGGCCAUUAGUCCUUGGUGUCAUGGGAGCAAUCAGAAGUGAUCAAGGAGAGUCCUUAAUACGAACUGCAUUCCAGUGUCUUCAGUUGGUUGUGACAGACUUCCUACCAACCAUGCCAUGCACUUGCCUACAAAUAGUUGUUGAAGUUGCAGGAAGCUUUGGACUUCACAAUCAAGAACUAAACAUUAGCCUAACAUCAAUUGGUUUGCUGUGGAAUAUUUCAGAUUAUUUCUUCCAAAGAGGUGAAACCAUUGAAAAAGAGCUGAACAAAGAGGAAGCAGUAUUGCAGAAGCAGGCAGAAGAGAAGGGAGUGUUGUUAAACCGUCCUUUCCACCCAGCACCGCCAUUUGACUGCCUUUGGCUCUGUCUCUAUGCCAAGCUGGGGGAACUCUGUGUAGAUCCACGACCUGCAGUUAGAAAGAGUGCUGGACAGACAUUGUUUUCUACAAUUGGUGCCCAUGGAACUUUACUUCAACAUUCAACAUGGCACACAGUUAUAUGGAAGGUUCUGUUUCACCUGUUGGAUAGGGUUAGAGAGUCUUCCACAACAGCUGACAAAGAGAAGAUUGAGUCAGGAGGAGGCAAUAUUCUCAUUCAUCAUUCAAGGGAUACUGCAGAGAAACAAUGGGCUGAGACAUGGGUAUUAACAUUGGCGGGAGUAGCGAGAAUAUUCAACACUAGGAGAUACUUACUACAACCUUUAGGAGAUUUUUCCAAAGCCUGGGAUGUUCUUCUUGAUCACAUCCAGUCUGCAGCACUCAGCAAAAACAAUGAAGUUUCCUUGGCUGCUCUGAAAAGUUUUCAGGAAAUUUUACAAAUUGUGUCUCCUGUCCGAGACUCAGAGAAACCUGAUACGCCACCUGCUAUUAAUGUGCCUGCCCUCCUAGGGGCAAUGACUGCUACUGGUCUGGGCAGAUCAUUCAUGAGAACUGACUCUAUCGGAGAAAGAAUUGGAAGAUAUAAUGAAUCUGAGCCACCUAUAAUAACAGAUGAGAUUGAAGAUUUAAAUCUUUGGUGGGCUGCCUGGAACACCUGGUAUAGGAUUGGCUCAGAAAGUACAAAGCCUCCAAUUACUUGUGAGAAAUUGACUUUCAUACCCAGCCAACCUUUUCUCACAGCUUUAAUUCAGAUAUUCCCAGCUCUCUACCAACACAUCAAAACUGGUUUCAGCAUGGAUGAUCUCCAAAAGCUUGGUGUCAUUUUACAUGGUGCUGUUUCAGUUCCAAUCAGUUCUGAUGCCUCCCCCUUCAUCCUGCCAUCUUAUACUGAAGCAGUUUUGACAAGUUUGCAGGAAGCCGUGCUUACCGCUUUAGAUGUCUUACAAAAGGUAAAAUAAUAAUACAGCUUUAGAUGUCCUUUGAAAAGUAAACCAUACUAUGUAGUGGUUCUUUUGCUUUGCCACCUGCACUAUGUUGAGUUAAAUUAACCUUAGUUACCUAGUUACUUCUGGGUUUGUAAUGUACUAUUCUUCUGUAAAAGAUAAUUUUGCUUCUUUUGAAGAACAAUCAGAACCAGAAGCUCACCUUGUCUCCUGUCCCUACUACACUAAGCUUCUUGCCAUUCAGCAGCUCUAUAUUGACAUGAUUGGUGUAA